AUGACGACGAACCAGCCAGGCCCGUUGCUAGCGGCAUUACAGACUCUCUAUGGCAACAGCGAACGGUCACAGAAGGAACAAGCGAGCAAGUUCCUGGAAGACUUUCAAAAAUCCCAAGAAGCCUGGCAACUUGCACUCUCCCUUCUACAGGAGGAUGCCUCUGUUGAAGCGAAACUAUUCGCUGCUCAGACACUGCGUAUGAAAAUCGCACUCGAUUCGCAUCAAUUGCCAAGCACAGCACUUGAACCACUCCGCGAUAACCUGGUGCAGCUUAUUGUACGCUAUGCCACAGGGCCCAAACCGAUUCUGACAGCGCUUUGUGUGGCUGUUGCUACACUUGCACUACAGCUCUCUCAAUGGACAACCAUGCUGCAAGAUAUGAUGCAAGUGUUAUCAAAAGACUUAGAUUCAUGGCAAGCGCUACUACUCUUCCUCUCCAUCCUACCAGAAGAACUCAGCGAAGACCGUAAAUUGGGACUGUCCCAGCAACAACUGCAAGAAAGAGUCGAACAGCUCUUGACGGGAAAUGCAAAGACAGUCUUGGAAUUAUUGUGUGUCUAUACACAAAUGACACAAAAAGAAGGACGUCGACCGAGUCCACUCCUUCUGACAUGUCUACAAACAUGGCUUCGAGAGAUUCCCGUGAUUGACAUGAUUCGUUCUCCAUUGGUCGAAUUGGCCUUUUCGGCACUAAGCGAUGAUGACCUCUUUGAAGCUGCAGUCGACUUUCUAUGUGCAGUAUUCGCAGAGACGAGUGAGGUGAAUGACUCGACAGUCGUGGCGAGUAUUGAGAUACUAUUUCCUUCACUCAUGUCACUACGGCCACGUCUCGCAGCCUCAAAAGAUGACUCGGAUGCAUUCAGGGGAUACGCACGAUUAUUCUCCGAAGCAGGAGAAGCUUGGGUCAUCUUGUGUGCUCGACAACCACAGCAAUUCAAAACACUCGUUGAAGCAAUCGCAGAAGCUGCCGCCGUGGAUGAAGAUUUGGAAAUCGUCAAAUUCACAUUCUUAUUCUGGUACGACUUGAAGCAGGCGUUGCUAUCUGAACGGUACGCAGAGGCAAAAGCAGUCUAUGCACCCAUCUAUGCUGGGCUUGUCGAUAUCCUCAUUGCGCAUCUACACUACCCCUUGACCAACGAUGAUGAUUUAUUCAACGGCGACAAAGAAGCAGAAGAGACAUUCCGCUCAUUCAGGCACGAAAUGGGGGAUGUCCUCAAAGACUGCUGUAAUGUCGUUGGUGGCUCCAUCUGUCUCGGCAAAGCCUUCACAAAAGUCCAACAACUCUUGGCGUCACCCUCAGCGCAAUGGCAACAAGUCGAAGCACCUCUAUUCUCUAUGCGUGCCAUGGCGAGAGAGAUCAGUACAGAUGAGGAAGAAGUGUUGCCACAAAUUAUGGAGACGCUGUUGUCACUUCCUGAACAUCCUAAGAUCAGGUAUGCAGCGACUCUUGUUCUCGGACGUUAUACAGAAUGGACUGCACGGCAUCCAGAAGUCCUUCUACCGCAACUGAACUACAUCACUUCGGGCUUCAAGCGCACCGAUCGAGACGUGACAUCAGCUGCUGCAUUAGCACUCAAACAUUUCUGCCAAGAUUGCAGCACGCAUCUCGUCCCACACAUCGCACAAUUGCAUGGCUUUUACGAGCAAGUCUUGCCAGAACUUGACUUUGAUUCAAAGCUAGAAACCACUGAAGCGAUUGGACACGUGGUCCUUGCACAACCUAGAGAAGCACUACAACAGUCGCUACAACCAUUCUUACUGCCAUUCAAGGACCGAUUGGCUGCUGCUGAAUUACAACAAGUGGCAGAUGAUGUCGAGUUGCUGACUGUCUUUUGCUGUACUGUUGAUCCCUAUGUCGAAGCAGGCGAUGCACAUCCGUGUGUGGCGGCAUUCAGUGAGCUAUGGCCAGCCAUAUCCACGCUACUUGAUCGCAAUGGGAGUCAUCCACUGAUUGCAGAACGAACCUGUCGCUUCAUGAAGGAGUUUGUUAGUCAUUAUCGACGUCAUGCACUCCCAUUGCUACCUGUCAUGGCUGAAAAACUUGCUGCUGGCUUUGCAACACAUCAGCAAGGAUGCUACCUAUGGGCGUCUGGUGCUUGUAUUCGCGAAUUUGCAGAUGCAGAAUAUAAUGCGCCAGAGACGGUCGAUGCAGUCUGGUCAUUUGUUGAGGGACAGUCUGUGGGGAUGUUUAAGCUUCUGUCCACAACCACACCAGAGAGUAUUCCGGAUGUUGUCGAGGAUUUCUUCAGAUUAUCCAUGGAUGCCUUAUUGGGCAAUCCAGAUCGCUUCCUUCAAUCUGCCUACCUGUCGACUUUUAUGCAAGCUUCGUUGGCAUGUUUGUCGAUGGAGCAUAGAGACGCAUUGACAGCUGUCCUCCGCUUCCUGCGAGACUUGAGUGUCUGGUUGCUCCCGGAACCACCAACAUCUGGUCAAUCCAUCUCAGAUCCAGCACGACAAGCACUCCAACAACUCAUGAUGACCCAAGGCCAAGCACUAGCGACGGCAGUCUUUGUCGGACAAAUUUAUACCUUCCCACGCGAUUGCAUCACGGAUGCAUCAGGUGUGCUCCUGACACUCCUCGAAUGGCAGCCAGAAGCGACUUUCUUGUGGAUUGAAGCAGCAUUGUCGACGCUACCGGCUGGUUCCGUGUCAGCGGAUGAACAAACGGGACUUCUCGGAAAAGCACAAACAGCACUGCAAGAGCCCGGUGAUGCUCAAGCGCGUGUAAGGAAAGUGAGGAGUAUACUGCAGGAUUUCACGACGUUGUAUCGACGACGUAUGGUCAAUUCAAGGCAAACGAUAAGGCAUGAAUGGCAAUUCCGUUUCUAA